AUGUAUUCAGCUGUUAUUGACGAUUCUUGUGAGAUAACGCAAUACGUUUCUUAUGGUAAUUAUAUCACGCCCGGUCAACACAAUGAUUGGUUUGAUGAUGCACAGGAAGAAGGAGACGGCAAAACCAAAAUUUGGUUGCUCGUUGUAUGCAGUUUGACGAUUCCAAGUCUUGAUUUGUCGAACCUUGAUCCAAUGUACAGGGGAACAAAUGAAUUGAAUUGUAGAUCACCUUCUUUAAGAGGUGGAGAACCGAUGCGAUUCGUUUGCGGUGUAUGGGUUACUAGUAUAAUUUUUGGAUGGUUCAUAUUUGGGAUAUACGUAUUAACAACAUUUAUAAAUUGGCAAUUAUCAAAAGAAAGAAUUCAAAGGAUUGGAAGUAGUUCUUCCGAUUCAUUUAAUAAUAAAGAUAUUAAUAGAAAAUCUUUGAUAUUACCAACAACACCCGUUAUAAAUGUACAAAAUAAUAAUGAUUUCUCUGAUGAAUUGGAAAAAGGUGGGGUACCUGAAUUGUUGUUACAAAGCGGGUUGCCCGCUGAUAAACGAAUGUCUCUUAAGAUCGUGUUACCUCAAAGUACUCGGAGAUUUGAUGACGAAGAAUCUUCUCCGAUACAACAAAAUCAUGUUAACAAUGGUUUAACCCUUCCCCCAAUUCAGGUUAAUGCUUCCACAAUAACCUUACCUGAUAUUAAACAACUCGAAACUUUUAAUCCCAACCUUUUAAUUUUACCUUUGAAGAAAUCAUCAGAGAUUUCUUCUUUACAAGAGGUCCCUCUUUAA